CACCGAGUUGACCCCGCCAUGUAUGAAACGGCCCCUCCUCUAACUACGGGAUCAUGUAUACUAUAUCCUUUUCCUGGUAGCUUGAUAUCGGCAGCACAUCCGAUAUUUUCGGCGUUUAGCAUACUCUCUUAAAUCGUAGCGGGCACUGCCAUUUUUUUGGUUUUGGUUUUCUCCCUCUUUUGGCACGCAUUCCUUCGUGUACUUACUGUAUUUCAAGAUGGCACCCGCAGUACCCCCCUCAGGCAUCUGGGCCCCCGCCGUGACGCUCUUCGACCCGGAGACCGAUGCCCUGCUCCCGCAGGACCAGGCCAAGUACUACAAGCACCUUGCGGGCACCGGCCUCUCAGGACUGGUGGUCCUCGGCACCAACGCCGAGACCUUCCUGCUGACGCGGGAGGAGCGCGCGGAGCUCCUGCGCCUCGCCCGCGGCGCCGUCGGCCAGGACUACCCCAUCAUGGCCGGGGUGUCGGGCCACAGCACGAAGCAGGUGCUGGAGUUCAUCGGGGACGCCAAGGGAGCGGGCGCCGACUACGGCCUGCUCCUGCCGCCGGCCUACUUCGGCAAGGCUACGACGCAGAGCGUUAUCGAGGCCUUCUACGACGAGGUCGCCGCGAAGAGCCCCCUGCCCAUCGUCAUCUACAACUUCCCCGGCGUCUGCAACGGCGUCGACCUCGACUCCGACACCGUCGCCCGCCUCGCCCAGCGGCACCCCGGCAGGAUCGUCGGCGUCAAGCUCACGUGUGGCAGCGUCGCCAAGAUCACCCGCCUCGCGGCCGUCUUGAAGCCGGACCAGUUCGCCACGUUUGGAGGCCAGAGCGACUUCCUCCUCGGCGGGCUCGCCAGUGGCAGUGCCGGGUGUAUCUGUGCCUUUGGCAACGUGUUCCCGAGAACCGUGGUCAGGAUCUAUGAGCUCUGGAAGAACGGGGAUCUCGAGGCCGCGAGGGAGCUGCAGGGGAAGCAGGCCUUGGCCGAGCAGGCCAUCAAGGCGGGAAUCGCCGUGACCAAGUAUGCUGCCAGCGUCUUCACGGCACCCAAGGCGGGCAUUGAGGAUGCGGAGAGCAAGUUCAGGCCUAGACGGCCGUACGAGGAGCCAGGACAAGCGGUAAAGGAGAAGCUAAGAAAGACGAUGGAGGAAGUGGCGGGCUUGGAGGAGAGUCUUCAGAAAUGAGCGAUGAAAGGGGCAUAGAUUUGGGAAACGUACUCGAAGGAUGAAUCAGAAACAAGUAUGAGUGGAGGCAGGAGAAUUGCUGUAACAUAAAUCAUAUAUCAGAAGACAGGCCUAGGGUUUAACUCUAAAUGCUCAGCAUCGAUGGUAGUUUGCUUUAGCCAGCAGUACUUAAUGUUUGCUAAUCUACCUAAUUGUGCGUGGCAUUAGAACACGACUUGGUGUUUGAUUUACGUAAGAGCCCUUUUACGC